CAGCGGAAGUGUGAUGGCUGAUUUCGUCAACUUGACAUCUGCUGCCUCAUCAGACCGUAAACUUUUAUUGACUCUCGGCGACUUUCGGCGGCUCGCCUUUAGCCAAAGCUGUUCUUCUGACGAACCCACCGUCAUUUUGUGUCCACUGUUCCGAGCUUCGUGAACCGUCCUUGGACUUCUCGGUACACGAGUGUGGGACACGAACCGUUCCGGGUUUGGACCCCGCUCAUGUCAAACUCUGCUGAAGUCGGACGGAGGUGAAGCUAACGGCGCUAGUUCUUAUCUGGCUAAACUUUCGUCCCACUUUUUGCCCACUUGUUCAGCCUUUUUUCCGGGACACUCUCGGGUAUUUUCUCUCAACUCUGUCCACAAAGCUUCCGAACCUCCGCGGGAAUGGAGUCUGGAAGCAAAUAACGGAUGUUCGGCGGGGCUCCGGAGGACUCUGUCGAACUUUGCCAGCUUGCUGUCACCGUCUAACUGAAGGCUCCUCUUCCGGAUUCGCUGCUCCAGGAUGCCCGCAGACAGCUCUGUCAACUUCAGCCUCCUCCACCGGACCUGUAAGCUGGUGGUGCUGCUCUGUUUCCUCCACAUCUCCGUCACCGUCUUCUUCUACGUCCGCUCCAUGGACGUCCGGUUCGCCUUCGUCCAGAACCAGCAGAUGCACAAGACCGCCCCGCGAACCAACAGCGUCCAGGCGCCGGUCAUUAACAGAACCGGCAAAGCCGUGGUUGUUCCGGGAGGGCAGAACGCGGAGACGCCGGUGAAGAGCCUGGAGAAAUGCCCGGAGACGUCCCCCCUUCUCGUGGGUCCUCUGCGGAUAGAGUUCCAGGAUCCUGUGAGUCUUGAGCAGAUCAAGAGUGAGAACCCGAAUGUGCAGCAGGGCGGACGCUUCAAACCCAAAGACUGCCUGGCGCUGCAGAAGGUCGCCAUCAUCAUUCCAUUCCGCAACCGAGAUGAGCACCUGAAGUACUGGCUGUACUACCUGCACCCCAUCCUGCAGAGGCAGCAGCUGGACUAUGGAGUCUACGUCAUCAACCAGGAUGGUGAUGUGACGUUUAACCGGGCUAAGCUGCUGAACGUGGGCUACACAGAGGCCCUGAAGGAGUACGACUAUGACUGCUUUGUCUUCAGCGACGUGGACCUCAUCCCCAUGGACGACCGCAACACCUACAAGUGCUUCAGCCAGCCGCGCCACCUGUCCGUCUCCAUGGACAAGUUUGGCUUCAGGUUACCCUACAACCAGUUCUUCGGGGGGGUGUCCUCCUUGAGCAAAGAGCAGUUCCUGAAAAUCAACGGCUUCCCCAACAACUACUGGGGCUGGGGGGGCGAGGACGACGACAUCUACAACAGGGUGGUGUCCAGGGGCAUGUCCGUCUCCAGACCCAGCGGAGAGGUGGGGAAGUGCCGCAUGAUCCGACACAACCGGGACAAGAAGAACGAACCCAACCCCCAAAGGUUUGACCGGAUCAAUCACACUAAAGAAACCAUGAACAAAGACGGCAUCAACUCUCUGAGCUACCAGGUGGUGAAGGUGGAGAAGUUUGACCUCUACACGAAGAUCACAGUGGACGUGGGGAAGCCCUGAGGGCACGGGUAGGGGGUGGAGCUGGACUGAUGCAGCCUCUGACACUUGAAGCUUUAAGUUCUGGUCCGGGUCUGUGGACUGGGCCUGCUGGACUCUGCUGUCUUCCUCGCUUCCUUGUUUUUGCACAGACGGAUGUACGGACGUGAGCUUGUUUUUUCUUCUGAUGGGUCGGUGGAGCCACUCAGCUUCUCGUUGCCCAACCAAAGCUUUUAUUUUGAAAAAUAUAGUCAAUCAGAGCUGCCCUGCAGGCUCACAGGGUUGGGAUUUCACUGGUGGUGGGGGAGUAUGGGUAACUGAUGCUGGGAGUUUAGAUCUGGUUCUGGUUCUAUACCUGAUAUUGGUACCAGCUUUUUUUCUGCAUAUUUCUUUCAUCCACUGAUCCAGUUAGUGGACCGGGACUUCAGGAGAAUACAGUCCCACCCGGUUCGACCAAGCCCGUCUUGUGAGCUGGACUCGGUGAUGUGGACUACAGUCUCAGCGCUGGACUCAAGUGCAGUUCCGGAGGCUUCAAAGAUGAUGUUGACUUAUCUCAGAAUUCCUGUAGAACUUCACGGCGCCGGUUCACCAAACAUGUUCCCUUUCUUAUUUGAGGCACUUUAUGGGGGCGGAGCUUCCUACUGAAGCAGCAUUCUGGAGUUCAGGAGGGUGAUGAAGCUCUGCUCGGGACUUCACUGUUCAUAUUCUGUGAAGAUGAAGGCGAUGGAGAGCUCACACAGUGAAUCUACAGCCUGCUGGCUCACAAACCAGACGGAGACCAGAAACCAGUUCAGAACCAGGUCCAAACUCCAGCUGGUGUGUGCUUGUGUGUUUGUGUGUGUGAUUUUGAACAUUACUGAUAAUCAGUUUGGAUCAAUGUUUACCCGCUGAACUGGGAACAGAACCAAAGCGGCCUGCCUCUGCUUAGGCUGCAGCUCUCGAUCGAUCCGAUCCUCCUGAAUGUGCUGAUCGAUCAGACCCAAUGGCAAGCGAUCGAUCCAUUCACAAAGAGCACCCAGAUGACUCGAUUAUCAGGAUAGUUGAGGAUAAAUUUGUACUUGAUGAUUCUUUUAGCUGUUCUUUCAUUGAUUGUAAGUGUCCUUACUGCAGCUGUUGGUACCAAAGACUCUAUUGAUCCUGUGAAAGGUCACCUGACAGCUGGACGAGCUCGUCUGAUCGAUGACGACGGAUAUCUAUAGGUGUGUGUAAUUUGUUUGUGAACCUGCAGACCAAAACCGUGUGAAACAAUCACCUGGAAUGUGCCUUAAACUGGUGGGGAACCAGUGAGGAAAUGUGAUAUAAACUCCAGAUCUGAACUGA